CUCCCCGGGUGCUGGGAUGAAAGGCGGGCGCCACCACGCCCAUCUUGUCUUCAUGGUAACUGCCACUCAACUACCCUCUGGUGCAACUGCGUCUGGGCGGGAACAGCCAGCACUGUUUAGGCAGAGGUGGGGCCUCCAGGGGGAACGGCCAGGUUGCUACAGUGUCUCCCGGGGUUGGAGUGCAGAGCUGUUGUGAGGAGCGCUGCACGGCCAGAUGGCACUCCGGACUCUGCGGCUCACCAUGCCGCUCAGCCUCUUCCGGCGCCUCCUCCUGGCGGUCCUACUGCUGGUGAUCAUCUGGACCCUGUUUGGGCCCUCCGGCUUGGGGGAGGAACUGCUGAGCUUGUCCUUGGCAUCCCUGCUGCCCGCCCCGGCCUCACCGGGCCCUCCCCUGGCCCUGCCCCGCCUCUUGAUUUCCAACCCCGAGGCUUGUGGUGGUCCGGGACCCCCUCCCUUCCUGCUCAUCCUAGUGUGCACGGCCCCGGAGCACGUGAACCAGAGGAACGCCAUUCGGGGAUCUUGGGGCGCUGUCCGUGAGGCCCGGGGGUUCAGGGUGCGGACCCUGUUCCUCCUGGGAGAACCUGUUGGACAGCACUUUGCCGACCUAGCCUCCGAGUCAGCAGCUCAGGAGGAUAUCUUGCAGGCCUCCUUCCAGGAUUCCUACCGCAACCUCACCCUCAAGACCCUCAGUGGGCUGAACUGGGUGAACAAAUACUGUCCCAUGGCCCGCUACAUCCUCAAGACCGACGAUGACGUGUUUGUCAACGUCCCAGAGCUGGUGUCAGAGCUGAUCCAGAGAGGGGGCCCUUCGGAGCACUGGCAAAAGGGGAAGGAGCCCCAGGAAGAGACCGCAGUUGUCCAUGAGGCGCACAAAGGCCAGGCCGUGCCACUUCUGUAUCUAGGCCGGGUGCACUGGAUGGUGAGCCCCACUCGGACACCCGGGGCCCGGCACCACGUGUCAGAGGAGCUGUGGCCUGAGGCCUGGGGUCCCUACCCGCCCUACGCCUCUGGCACGGGCUAUGUACUGUCCGCCUCCGCCGUGCAGCUCAUCCUGAAGGGGGCCAGCCGGGCGCCCCUUCUACCUCUGGAGGAUGUGUUUGUGGGGGUGAGUGCAAGGCGAGCAGGCCUUGCCCCCACACACUGUGUCAAGUUGGCUGGUGCUACCCACUACCCCCUGGAUCAGUGCUGUUACGGCAAAUUCCUGCUCACAUCGCACAUGGUGGAUCCGUGGAAAAUGCAGCAGAUCUGGAAGCUGGUAGGCGGACUCGAUGGGGAAAGGACUGAGCCCUUCUGCUCCUGGCUCCAGGGGUUCCUGGGUAUCCUGAGGUGCCGGUUCAUAGCCUGGCUCAACAGCUGACAGCCUGGGGUCAUGGGAAGGGAGGCAACACUCCAGGGACCUUUGCCCAAAAACCGGUGCACAGGCUGCCCCUCCCUGCCGUGACCCAUCUCCUCCCAGCAGACCCUCAAACUGCUACCAGGCAAGGGUAGAUAGGAGCCUUGGGCCUGUCCACCAGGGACGAGCACAGGAGGGGCUGGGGAAAACUGUCCUCCACCAGCUGAUAAGAGCCCAAUAAACGUCUCCACCUCAA